CUAAUUUGCUAAUUUCCGGGAAAUAUUUUUUUUGUAAAAGAUACAUACCAUAGAAAGUCAGUAGCUAGUAGCUACCGUCAUUUCCAACCUCUGAUUCCCGCCAUUGCCAGAACUAUAUUUCAAUUUCCAGCUCAAUGACUACAAUUCCCCUCUCUAUCAUCCGAUUCCCAACCCUUAAUCAUUUACCCUCCAAUCCCCUCUCAAAUUCCCCAAAUUUCCUGCUCAAUUGUUCAUCAAUUCACCCUUCAAAACUCCAAAUUCAAUUAGGGUUCGUGGUGAUUAAAUCUCGAAUUUCUCGAAUUUCUUAUUCCAAUGAAGCGGACCCACUUGACUCAGUUGAAGUUCUUAGGGUUCCUGAUCAUUGGUUGGAACCUUCCAGAGCACUUCAGGAAUCAGAGUGGCUAAGAGUGACACUCCAUAAAUGGUUAGAUGAUGAGUAUUGUCCUGAACCAACUAAUGUUGACAUCAGUAGAGUUGCUGCUAAUUCUUAUCAUCAGUCAUUGUUACAGAAGACUUCUGAUGUGGGUGACAUUUUGUUGAAAAUGGUCAGAGAACUAGAAUCUAUUUCUUACCAGGAAAGCUUUCAUGGAGCAUUCUCUUCAGCCAAUGCUGCUGUCAAUCUAAUUGCUGAGAGAAUAGAGAACGAUUAGCUUUCCGUCGUUCUUCUUUAUUUCUACCUCGAGUGGAACUUAAAGGGAAUGUGAACUACAAGUCAUUGUGAUUUACCUUGGUUCUUUUAAAACAAGCAUUAGUCAUUCUUAUGCUCAUCAUUUGUACAAUACAUGUUUAUAUAUACUAGUUGGGCCUUCGCGUGCGUAAGCCAACUUGGUUAAUCAA